GCAACAAGUGGACUGCAGGGCAGCAGCAUCUCCAAGCUUUUUAACCUAUCAACAUCCCUGGACAGCUGCUUCUUGCUGCUAUCGCUCUCAUGACUUUUGCUAGUUUGUACUGAUAUUGCUUGUCCAGUAUGUUAUUCAAAGGCCACGACGCUGUACAGCCAGAAGUCGCUGCAACGGAGAGAAGACCCGUGUACUCUACAUUCAGCAAGAGACAAAAGAGCUUCAUCACGCUGCUCGUCUCACUUGCGAGUAUCUUUUCCCCAAUCUCGGCGACAAUCUAUGUUCCAGCACUGCCAACCAUUGCAAAAGACUUGAAUGUUAGCAUAACACUCGUCAAUUUAUCAGUCACGAGCUAUAUGAUAUUUCAAGGGCUCGCUCCAAGCUUAUGGGGUCCAUUGACAGAUGCUAUCGGCAGAAGACCCGUCUACCUACUUACGUUUCUCAUCUAUAUCGCGGCAUGUAUCGGACUGGCCUGCACAAACAGCUUUGCGGAACUCAUCAUCUGGCGCUCCUUGCAAUCCACAGGAAGUGCGAGUACAAUUGCAAUUGGAGCAGGUGUGAUUGCGGACAUCACGCAGUCAGGCGAACGUGGUGGCUAUAUCGGCCUCUACUCUGCCGGUGCGCUGGUUGGCAAUGCGCUAGGUCCUGUACUUGGUGGUAUUUUUGCACAGACCAUUGGCUGGCAUGGUAUUUUCUACUUUCUCACGGCACUGGCUGGCUUGUUUUGGCUUGUUUUACUCUUGACGUUGCCGGAGACCUUGCGGAAUAUCGUUGGCAAUGGGUCUAUUCGACCAACGGGCAAUUUGCUGAGACGACCGGCGUUGCCAUUUCUGGAACCACCGGAUGCAGCGCCAGAUGAUAUAUCGCCAGCACAAACAGCAAAGCAAUUUGAUCCACUCGGACCAGUCAAGAUGAUGGGCAAAGCAGAGGUUGCAUGCAGCUUGCUGUUCACAGCUUUGUAUUAUACUGUUUGGCAAUCGUCUCUGGUCGCUUCUGCCACUAUUUUCGACAAGGAGUAUGGCUUGUCGCAACUGAAUAUUGGCUUAUCCUUCAUUGCGAGUGGCGUGGGUGCUAUCACUGCAUCGCUUAUUACAGGCCGCAUCCUCGACUAUGAUUAUGCGAACGAGGCAGGUGUUGCACAUGCACAGAUGCAGCAAGAAGCAGAGUUGGAUGCGUAUGAAAUGACACGACGUUUGUCACAGAGGCCGCUUCGACGACUUGAGUAUGCACGACUGCGGCGUAUGCCCAUCAACAGUUUAGUCUACAUCGGCAGUGUGCUGGCUUUUGGGUGGUGUGUGCAGGCAAAGACAACCGUGGCACUACCGAUCAUUUGGACAUUCUUUUUAGGCUUCACCACCACCUCCAUCAUGUCUGCGUAUACGACGCUGAUUGUAGACUGGUACCCGGAUGCCGGUGCGUCGGGCACAGCUGCGUUGAAUCUAGCGCGCUGUCUGCUCGGAGCAGGUGGCACCGCUGCUGUACAACCACUGAUGAACAAGACGAAUACAGGCAUUACAUUCACGAUUGGGGCUGGCAUCACGCUGUUGUGCACGCCGCUGUACUGGUUGGUGAUCCGGUAUGCGAGGAGCUGGCGGCUUUCGCGGUUGAAGCAGCGGGGCAUGCGGGGAACAUGAGGGUAUUUGGAUGAUUGUGACGAGCGUGGGUAUACAAGGCAUAGGGAUGUUUCAGGGAUAGACCAGUCAGUUGACCAGUAAGUUGAAGAGUAAGCUGUCUAU